GGUUUGAACUGGCCAAUGGGCGAGCUGCCGACCGGGUGUCGGAAAAGGAGGCGGAAGCGGGGAGGAGUCGCCGCCGGGGCCGGACUGCAUCCGCCGCGGCGUCUCCAUGGCACGGCCCUGGCCUCCGACUUCAACGACUUCAUAAGGCGGCGUUUCUGGGCGCAGCCGUGUCGCUCCUGGUUUCCAUCGUGUGGAAAGAACGGAGUAACGAGUCUCACGCAGAAAAAGGUCUUGAGGACACCUUGCGGCGCACCCAGUGUUACCGUGACGAAGCGAACCAUGAAGGACCGCUCUUCAACUCCCCCCUUACAUGUUCAUGUGGAUGAGAACACCCCUGUCCACGUCCACAUAAAAAAACUCUCCAAAUCGUCAGCGACCAACAGCCAGAAAUCUCAUAAGCGCGGAAUGAAAGGGGACACCGUGAAUGUGCGGCGGAGUGUCCGGGUGAAAACCAAGAAUCCACCUCACUGCCUGGAGAUCACGCCACCGUCUUCAGAAAAGCUCGUCUCCGUGAUGCGGUUAAGUGACCUCUCUACAGAAGAUGAUGACUCCGGUCACUGUAAAAUGAACCGUUAUGAUAAGAAGAUUGACAGUUUAAUGAACGCGGUUGGUUGUCUCAAAUCUGAGGUCAAGAUGCAGAAGGGAGAGCGCCAGAUGGCCAAAAGGUUCCUGGAGGAGCGGAAGGAGGAGCUGGAGGAGGUGGCCCAAGAGCUGGCCGAGACGGAGCACGAGAACACGGUGCUGCGGCACAACAUCGAGCGCAUCAAGGAGGAGAAGGACUACACCAUGCUGCAGAAGAAACACCUCCAGCAGGAGAAGGAGUGCCUCAUGUCCAAGCUGGUGGAGGCUGAAAUGGACGGGGCUGCUGCCGCCAAACAAGUCCUGGCCCUGAAAGACACCAUUGGGAAACUGAAAUCGGAGAAACAGAUGACCUGCUCGGACAUUAACACCCUAACGAGGCAGAAGGAACUUCUCCUGCAGAAGCUGAGCACAUUUGAAGAGACCAACCGCACUCUGCGAGACCUGCUGAGGGAACAACACUGCAAAGAGGAUUCCGACAGACUGAUGGAACAACAAGGGACACUAUUGAAACGGCUGGCGGAGGCGGACUCUGAGAAAGCGCGCCUGCUAUUACUGCUCCAAGACAAAGACAAAGAGGUGGAAGAGCUUCUCCAGGAAAUACAAUGCGAGAAGGCUCAAGCAAAGACAGCAUCUGAGCUUUCCAAGUCCAUGGAGACCAUGCGGGGGCAUUUGCAAGCACAGCUUCGGUGCAAAGAGGCAGAGAACAGUCGCCUGUGUAUGCAGAUCAAGAACCUGGAGCGCAGCGGGAACCAGCACAAGGCAGAAGUGGAGGCCAUCAUGGAGCAGCUGAAGGAGCUGAAGCAGAAGGGGGAGCGAGACAAAGAGUCCUUGAAGAAAGCCAUCCGAGCCCAGAAGGAGAGAGCCGAGAAGAGCGAGGAGUAUGCCGAGCAGCUGCACGUGCAGCUCGCCGACAAGGAUCUUUAUGUCGCUGAAGCUUUGUCCACUCUGGAGUCAUGGAGGAGCCGCUAUAACCAAGUUGUAAAAGACAAGGGAGACCUUGAGCUGGAAAUUAUUGUCCUGAACGACCGGGUGACAGAUCUCGUAAACCAACAACAGACCUUGGAGGAGAAGAUGCGGGAAGACCGGGACAGCCUGGUGGAGAGACUACACCGGCAGACCGCCGAGUAUUCCGCAUUCAAGCUAGAGAACGAGAGGCUGAAGGCUAGCUUCGCCCCAAUGGAGGACAAGCUCAACCAGGCGCACAUCGAGGUCCAGCAGCUGAAGGCAUCGGUUAAGAACUACGAGGGAAUGAUUGACAACUAUAAGAGUCAGGUGAUGAAGACCAGACUGGAGGCUGAUGAAGUGGCUGCCCAGCUGGAACGCUGUGACAAAGAGAACAAAAUCCUUAAAGAUGAGAUGAACAAAGAGAUUGAAGCGGCGCGGAGGCAGUUCCAGUCCCAGCUGGCUGACCUACAGCAGCUGCCCGAUAUCCUUAAGAUCACAGAGGCUAAGCUGGCCGAGUGCCAGGACCAGCUGCAGGGCUAUGAACGGAAGAACAUUGACCUCACAGCCAUCAUAUCAGACCUGCGCAGCCGGAUCGAACACCAGGGGGACAAGCUGGAGAUGGCGAGAGAGAAACAUCAGGCUUCCCAGAAGGAAAAUAAACAGCUGAGUCUGAAGGUGGAUGAACUGGAGAGGAAAUUGGAGGCGACCAGUGCCCAGAAUAUCGAGUUCCUACAGGUGAUUGCCAAGAGGGAGGAGGCAAUCCACCAGUCCCAGCUGCGACUGGAGGAGAAAACACGGGAAUGUGGAACCCUGGCGAGGCAGUUGGAGAGCGCCAUUGAAGACGCCAGGAGGCAGGUGGAACAAACCAAGGAGCACGCAGCCUCCAAGGAGCGCGCAGCCCAGAACAAAAUCCUGGACCUUGAGACCCAGCUGAGCAGGACCAAGACUGAGCUCAGCCAGCUGCGGCGGAGCCGGGACGAUGCUGAUCGCCGCUACCAGAGCCGUCUGCAGGACCUGAAAGACCGCCUGGAGCAGUCGGAGAGCACCAACCGCAGCAUGCAGAACUAUGUCCAGUUCCUCAAGUCGUCCUACGCCAAUGUGUUUGGGGAUGGUCCCUACACUUCCUACUUGACCAGCUCUCCCAUCCGCUCCCGGUCUCCUCCUACCUAAGCCGCUGCUCUUGGGCUAGGAGCUCAGAUGAAUGCUGUGGCAACAGAGGUGUCGCUAAGCCAUACCUGGAAAGCCUGUUGGUUUUCCUCUCUCUUCCUGAGAUGAAGUAUGUUCAGGAUCUUGUCUUAGCCACUAACUCCAGAAAAGUGCCUCGAGCAGCAGGGGAUGGAGCCGAACCCACUUAGUUCUCUCCUCUCCGAUAGCAUCACCUGAUGGAAAUUUCUAAUUACCCCAACAGGCCUUAAAGCCACUACUAUUAGGGUCAGGUUUUAACUCACUGUGAUUGGCUCUUUCGUUUCUCAAGAGAAUGUCUGGCCUGGACUUUCCCUCCAGACCCUUUUACAGCUCUCUUCUUUUUUAGGGCUCUCUCUCUCUCUCUGGUUUUCCCUGACCCAAACCAGCAGGAGCUGUUAGGCAGAGGUCCUCACUGCGCCGCAUGUUCAUGCGCUGGUUUCCUCAUUGCAUGGGUACGGUGUCCUCUCCAAGGUGCUCCCCUUCCACCUGUGGCCAAGUUUCCUCAAGGCCACUUGCCCUCAUGCACUUCCCUACAGACACUCGAGGGCUUAUGCUUUACAAGUUCGCCUUGUAAAAUUACGAUCCCAAUCUCACUGAUUUUUCUCUUGGCUAGGUUUGUGUCUGUGGAAUGCAUUUAUUCUUGAAAUGUGUGUGUUUUACAGAAAGCUUUUAUAAUCAAUAUUUAAGGUUCCAUAGGAUGGUCUCCUUUAACCACAUGAUCCCUCUUCUAAAAAUGAUUCAGUGAAACUCUGCAGAAGAGCCAGUUAACGUUUUUUAAAGGACGUGGUACAUGGAACAUUAGACUAUUUCAUUUUGACUGGGUUGGCUCUUUCUCCUCUGCGUGCUUUCACUUUGCAAUCCCAUGAAAGGACCGGAGGAGAUACAUGGUAAGGUGCUGCUCGGUGUGUGAGGGCAGAUGACUUUAGCUGUUAGGAGGAAGAUGGGCUGUGUCUGUCUUACCAUUUUUUAAAUGUUCAUUGCUUUCUGAAAGAUGAUGGGUUAUUUUUGUCCUCCUCACAUGUUCCUGUAUUUAAAAGAACAAUAUAUUCUUUAGAGAGAAGAGAACACACUUGGUGUUCUCUGCUGAAUCCUAACCUUUCCAUUCAAGAUGGUAUUGGCCUCUGGGUGAUCCAGUCUAGUCCCCUCUCAGCCACUCUAACCCAAGUCCAAACCUCUGGAGAAUUCCCCUGUGUCCCCAAAAGCAGUGGUCCCACACAGGCAUCUGGAUUGCACUCCCAGAACCGCACCCCUCCCCACCCCCCCAGUUUUGGAGACGUUUGUAGUUUCCAGCUUUCAGUGGUUUGUUUUUGUUUGUUUUCUUCUUAAAUUUUAUCUUCAGCUUUUAAUUUUGCCAAGGAAGGUCCCUGAAAUUACUACCAACAGCUACCAUUUCCACGAAACCAUGCCUAUUUUCACAUCUUUAACAUAGACUUGAACUUUCAUACAAUGUAUGAAAGAUCUUCCUAAGAAAAGAUAGUUGAUAAACUUACACCAAUGUGCAUACAUUUCUGUAUAACUCAUCAUUAUCAUCAAGCUAAUGAUAACCCCCUCAGUGCAGGAUUCUGCUAUCUGUGGUGAUGCUGUAGGAACACCUCUCUUUGAGUUCAUGGCUGGGAUUCUCCCAACAAUGUUCUGUUUUUCUUUGUAAAAUAUUGUAUUACAAAAAGUCCAGAGAGUUUGUAGAAAUGAAAAAUGUUUAUAUUGCUUCAAA